UGUUCCACCCCCAUCACCUCUGUCACAUGUAUCAGCCACAAGAACUGCAUCAGCAGCAGCACUGUAUGCUCCGCCUGGUACAUAUAUUGACAACAACAAGAGCAGCAGCAGCAACAAGAGCAGCAGCAGCAACAACAGCAGUAGUAGGUACAACAGAAGCAGCAACAGUAGUUAUUUGUCAUUCUCAUUAUAAACACCCAAUCUUCAUACUUCACUGCCAGAGAAACACCACCACCAUCAAAACUAUCACCACCACUGCCAAGUCCAGAUAUGAUGAAACUUUGUGCUGUAGUGAUGUUCAUCACUUUCCUGCUCCACCGGGAAGGAAUGGCAGAAAUAAAACCCAUUUCAAUCUCUAGAAAUGAUUCUCUGGGGGUGAUCUACUGGCACUUUCAAAUCUUGGAAACCUUAAAUUCUGCAACACAGAUUUGUCAGGAAUAUGGAAUGACACUGUUUAGUAUAAAGCGCCACAAAACCAGUUUCAUGGAACUUUUACUGGACAAAGUUCGGAAAUUUAUAGAAGGCAGCAAAGGACAAAUAAUGUUGGAGGCUUUUGUUUGUCAACGACAUUUGGAACAUGAAAAUGAUUACUUUCAUCGGACUGAAGAGAUUGAAGUCUGCGCUGAAGCAUUACAAAGUGUUAGAGGAAACCAUUUCCAGUGUGCAUUCUAUUGCAGCAUCACUAAAAAUUGUGUACUUUACUGUUUAUCUUCUCACGUGUGUUUUCUGUAUUCUAAAUGUACUGGAACCUGCCCCAAGAUGGCAUGUCUGAAGAAGCAUCAUUGUUUCGCUAAAGUCUAGAAAAAUCCAAAAUGAGAUAAAACUGUUUCCUUCAAGAUUCAUUUGUAUCUCAACAAGAAAUAAAACCAAUUGUCAAGUUUCAUCUGUAGGAACCGAUUUAUCCAGAUUAGCUGGUUAUAUCAACAGUAAUAUAAAAAUUUGAGGACCCAAUAAACCCAAUACAUAUAAUAAAUUUUGCUCUGAUGCUUU